GUUGGCUCUGAAUCUGUUGCACAAGAACCUACCAAAAGUUGAGCCCCUCCCUCAGGUGAAGCUCCUGCACACGACCGUGGCUCGGAGAGGUCUGGAGGAAUUCUUUGAUGAUCCAGCAAACUGGGGAGAAAAAAGCGUAAAGUCUGGGGAUGCAUGGAAAAUAAAUCAGCUAAGGGACAAGAGCAGUGAAGACUUGCACAAACUUUGCUUGUAUUUCUAUAAGAAGAAUACGACUGGCUCUGUCCACCCAAUGCCAAGUCCAGAGCGAUUAGAAAAGGUGGAAAAGUCUAUGAAAAAUAUAGACUUGGUUGUCAGAGAAAGAGAAAUUGCUCUGAGGCUUUUACAAACUGGCCAUGAGAAACCAGUGCCUGGAGAGUGGAGACAUGACUUCCUGGGACGCACCUACUGGUACAGUUACAAGGAAUGGCCAAUACCAUGGUACUUGAACAAAAAGCACAAAAAGAGGAAAUUCUUCUACUUGCCUCAUGUGAAUCACUUCAUCAGACUCAGAAUUGAAAAAUCUUUAUGUAAAAGGGCGAGAAGGCAAAACCUGGAGAGGACAAGGCGGAAGGUCUUGGAAAGGAAGUUCCCUCACCUUGCUCUGAAGUCUCAGAGCCAGUAG